AUGAGGCUGCUUAGUGUGCUCUGCUGUAAUCUGGACACGUUUCUGCUGCUGGAGAGUCAGUACAACAUCUGUUCUAUGCUUCUGCAGCGGCAAAAAGAAAAUGUCACAGAGUUGGACAAUGGCGAAGGGGACAUAAUCCUGGACAGUUUAUCAGUGGAGAGGAACUUUGUGCUGGUGUGUGUCAGUGCUGUCGGUGGUCCCUCAGAAAGGAAAGUCCCUCCUCGCUCUAUACAAGAGGGAGAUGAUCCUUUCCCUUGGCCUCUGUUUAGCUGCUACCCUGUUCCGCAAUGUUACACUAUGGAGAUGAAAAGAACCGAACCGAUAUCCUCUGAUCAUGAACUGAAUACGUUUCUGGCAUCGACCGAGGCUAUUAGUGAUGAAAGCUGGGUGAAGGUCUGCAGGAGUCACUAUCGGAGGGUUAUGGCAAAGACGCCCACUCGGCUGACAGGCGAUGACUUGGCAGAUCUCUUGGAAAAGGCCGUUUCCCAUUUGUCUAAAGCAGACUGUGAACAAUUCUUUCCUCAAGCUUUGUACACAGGAGAGGAGGAGAGUGUGACGAGUGCUGCUCUGACGUCAGUAGAAGAACUGGGGAUCAACAUUUGUCUCAGCUAUGGCAGCUCUCUGAAGCUGCUCGGAGAUGACGCAGUCGGCGACCUGACGCUGCUGAUGAAACACAUGAAGGUCUUUUUUUGCUCGCAGAGACUUAAAACCACUUCACGCCUCAUCUGUGUGCAGGACUACCCUGGACACGACUGGUUGGUCUGCACGGUGUUCCUCCUGAUGAAGGGCCACAUGGAGCGUGCAAUGCGUCUGUUACUGGAGCUGUCAUCUCUGCUGGUGUCUGCGUUCAUAUGGCCACCCAGGAUCCACGCUUCUGUCCAUAUUCCUUUGGCUGUGGCUGAGUCUGGAAUUGGUCCACUUUACUGGUGCACCGCACACUAUGUUGAGAUGCUACUCAAAUCUGAGCUCCCCCUGGUCCAUUCAGCCUUCAGGAUAUCUGGAUUCACCCCAUCUCAGAUGUGUGUCCACUGGCUGACCCAGUGCUUCUGGAACUACCUGGACUGGUCUGAGAUCCGCCACUACCUGUGCACCUGUGUGCUGAUGGGAGCCGACUACCAGGUGUACGUGUGUGUGGCGGUCUUCAAGCACCUCCAGCCGGCCAUCCUGCAGCAGACGCAGUCCCAGGAGCUGCAGGUCUUUCUCAAGGAGGAGCCGAUCCAGGGUUUCCGAAUCUGCGACUAUUUGGACUUUAUGGAGAGUCUGGAGCACAAAUACAAAGACAUUGUCCUCUCCGACAUGACGUCUGUUUGUAAUCCUGUUGACUAG